AAGAGCCUAAAACGUUUAGAUAUUAAACCGUCCGUUUCUACCUGGCUUGCGGUUUAAUGCUCGUUGUUAUAAUCAACCUAUAUCGAUCAAAAUGAGCCUCCAGCAGCUACCAAAUGGCAUGACCAUAGACGCGCUUCGAAAGUUGUUCAUCGACGGAACUACGCCGCCCGAAAUCGAACAAAUACUUCUACAGUCUACCUCGAUAUGCCGUGCUCUAUUAGGAUGGCCAGUCUUAGAGGAAGUACGUCGCAUUAUCGUGAGCGGAAAGCCGUCUAGACUCACGUCAAAGUUGCUCUACGAGAUGACGGUAUUGGAGGCUACGUCAAGUCUCAGUUCGGACCGUACUAUCCAGACCCCAAUUCUUAAGUCGAGUGGGACUUCGGACUCUGUGGCUGUCCCCAAGAGAAUUCAGGCCACUCCAGCAUUGCCGUCGCAGGACCCAGGCACGGCAUUUCUAGGUAAACGGACCUUUACGGCUAAGCGGACGAAUCGUCCUGAACGGUUCCUCUCGCAGACUAGUACCGAUACCAAACCGCUCGUCCAGGAAUCCGCUGAGGCACCUUUGCAAGCAGCAGCCACACACGUCUGGCGUGCCGGUCCUAGCCCCGAACCAGCUAGGAUCGUAAGCGAUAUUGCAGAACCCGCUCUGAUCUAUAGUUAUUCUGGGGCCUCAUUGCAUUCCCCGUGUAUUCCAGGGCUAUCUUCAACUCUCAGUAAAUCCUCAGACAUGACAGUCCAACCAUCGACUGCUUCCGUGGCGAUGCGCAGUUCUGCAAGUGGUAAGGUCGUGGCCGGUCCGCGUUACAGCGUCAUAAAUUAAUGUGGGUCACAGAUAUCGCCGUGGUCAGCUCUCGCGAGAAGAUGCUGAAAAGAAAGCGAGAUGGGUCUAGUUUGCCAGGGGACGACUCGAGCUCGCAGAAAAGUCGAAAGAAUCCGAUUGAAGCUGGGUCGCCUUUAUCUGAUGAGCAGUCUACGCCAACAGAUCCUGGCUCCGAUUUCCAAGAGGCUGCCGAUGAUCACGUGAUGUCUACGCCCUCCGCAAUCGAGUCGGCUGGUACAACUGACA